AUGGAACAAGAUGACUUCGACUCCGUCAGCUGGAAGCACCCAGACAGCGACCAGUCACGGCCUACGACCUCAGGAACCGAUGUGGAAGACCCGCAUACAUUUGAUCACGAUGUCAAUGGCAAGCGGAGAAUGAGCUCCGCCUACGAAGCGCCGGUCGGGACGCAGGCUGACGCAGUCGACGUGGGGGAGCUUGAGUGCGAGGUGUCAUCGCCGCACAAGGAGGGCUCGGGGAAAGAUGCAUAUAUUUCAUAUCUGGUUACAACACAUGUGAAACACGGCGAAGCUAACGGGAUCCGGUUCUACCCACAGACCGAUUUCAAGUCAUUUCAGAAGCCCGAAGUCCAAGUACGUCGGCGGUUUACGGAUUUCUACUUCCUGUACAAGACGCUGUAUCGCGAAUACCCGGCAUGCGCGGUGCCUCCGCUGCCAGACAAGCACAAGAUGGAGUACGUGCGCGGGGACCGGUUCGGGCCGGAGUUUACGUCGAGACGGGCGUGGUCGCUGCACCGGUUUUUGAAGCGUCUGACCCUGCAUCCGGUGCUCCGACGGGCACCCCUGCUCACCAUCUUCCUGGAGUCGCAGGACUGGAACGCGCAUAUGCGACUGCACUCGACGCGGACGUCGACAAGCACGGGCUCCGACAGCGGGAGCGCGGGGAUAUUCGAUAACUUUACGGACACGUUCGUCAACGCGUUUACCAAGGUGCAUAAGCCGGAUCGCCGGUUCAUCGAGGUGCGGGAAAAGGCAGACAAGUUGGAUGAGGACCUAUCGCAUGUGGAGAAGACUGUGGCACGGGUCGCUCGGCGCGAGGCCGACUUGGAGACGGACUACACAGAGCUGGCUACGCAGUUCCGGAAGCUCGUCCCGCUAGAGCCGGCUGUGGAGAUGCCACUGCAUGUUUUCGCCGCGUCGGUGGAGGAGACGGCUCGUGGAAUGAGCGGACUGAAGAACCACACGGACCAGAACUACCUGGGCUCGCUGCGGGACAUGGAGGCCUACAUCAUGUCGCUGAAGAACCUCUUGAAAACCCGGGAGCAGAAGCAACUGGACUUUGAAGCUCUGGUCGACUACCGCAACAAAGCCGUCGCCGAGCGCGACACGCUCGCGGCCAACCCGGCUGCGUAUUAUGCCACCAACCCACUGACUUCCUCCCCGGCGUCUUUCAUCCGUUCCAAGAUGGAGGACAUGCGCGGCGUGGAUCACGAGCAAUCCCGCCGGGAGCGGGUGCGCAAGCUCGAGCUGCGCAUCGACGAACUUACCCGCGAGGUGGAAUCUGCCAAAACCACCUCGGAGAUGUUCGACGAGGAGGUCAUUCGCGAAGUGGCGGAUUUCGAGCGCAUCAAGGCGGUCGAAUUCCGGGAUUCCCUUGGCAGCUUUGCCGAGUCGCACAUCGAGUUCUACCAGGGUGUGCUGUCUACAUGGGAGCGCUUUAUUGCGGAGAUGGAGAGCGAGCCCGACAUGGGGCUGGAAGAGUCAAACCAAUGA